GAAAAAAAAAAAAAACAGUCCCUCUCUUCCCUUUCACAAAUAACUCUCUCCCUCCAUUAAUAAACAACAGAUACACAAUUACAGUUAUUCAAAUGCAGCAACAAGAAGAAGAAUUUUUCUCUCCUAGCUUUAGCAGCUAUUCUACGAAUAGCGUAGCAGAGAUCGCCGGUAAAAUCUCCGAUGGAAUUGCCGGCAACGUUGACGGUGCUGAUGCUACUGAAGAAGAUUUUGAGUUCUCUUUGGUAAGUGAAAAUCCAGGGAGCUCGCAAAUGCAGCCUAUUUUCCCUGUUUUCAGCCGCGAUCUGCUACUAAACGACGUUUAUUAUAACGGCGAAUCGUCGGAAAACGUUGACGGUUCAGUUCAAGUUACGUUAAAGGAUCUGUUUUUAGAAGAACGUGAACCGCUGUCGUCGUCAUCAUCGGAGGGUGAUGAGUUGGAAAGUUUACCGCCGCGAAGUUACUGUGUAUGGAAGCCGAAGAUAAACGAGCCUAAUUCACCGAGCACAUGUAAGAAGAGUAAUUCAACUGGAUCAGCGUUUAAGCGGUGGAGUAUUCGAGAUUUGAUGUGCCGGAGUAACAGUGACGGCAAGGAAAGUUUUGUCUUUCUGACGCGGGAAAAAGGAACGAAAAACGAAAUUUCCAAAUCAAAGAGUGCCGGAAAAUUGAAGGCAAAAAGCAGCACCAGCAGCAGCGGCGGCGAUAGGGUAUCUCCGCCUUCGCCGGCGGCGGUUUAUUCACGGAAUCAAGCGGCAAAGGAAAUGGAUAAGAACAAAAGAAAAUCAUAUUUACCAUACAAGCGAUAUCUGGUAGGUUUUUUCGCUGCUAACAGUUUCGGUAGAACUUUCCCUCCUUUUUAGCAAAAUUUUAUUUUUACUAAAUUAAAAUUAUGUGGAUGUAAAUACUUCUUUUUAGCAAAACUUUAUUUUAUUUGAUUUUUGGUUAAAUUAGUUAUGUGUAUGUAAAUAUCUUAAAUGAAGAACAUGCCGACUGCCGUGCCGGGGUUUCUGAAUCAAUAAAGUUGUUAGAAAAUUAUAGUGAUAA